UCCAAGAUGGAGGAUGCUGCGCGGUUGGAAGCGAAACAAAUCAUAUCUCAGUACAUGGCGAGUUAUUCGGUUUCUCAACUGACUGAUGUUUCGUUCAGCGAGCGCGAGCAUUUGGCGGAACUUCACAAACAGAUCGAGCUGCGAAAAACGUACCGGGACAGUUUGCGUAGUUUGAAUUUGGGAUUGUACGCACUCAAACAAGGUAUGUGCCGGUAUGGAAGCGACGCGUUCGGAGAACAACUCGCCGAGGAUUACCAUUCCACCAUUCGCCAGGUGGUAGAGAAGCAGCAGGAAACAUCGCAGGGAUUGCAGCAGCUAUGCUACGAAUACACGAUGCUUGGCAAUUCGCGACAGGCGCUGAUUGAACAGGCAGAGCUGCAGAAGCUACAAGGUGUGUUGCGGCUUCAAGAACAGGUACGUGCGAAGCUCGCUGGUACGCGCGUAGUGAAACUGUGGGAGCGCGAAAAGGCCACCUUACUGUCGGAACAGAAGGAUAUGUCAAAGCUGGAGGCUGCUGGCAAAGAAAUUAUGAAAAAGCGCGGCGAAAUGCUCGAGCGCAAGCAUGACGAGAUAGCAAACACGUUGAUCUGCAUCGGCGAAGGAUUGGAAAAGGCGGAAGAACUACGGAUGAAGUUGACCGAAAUCACUAAGCAGUAUCGUGACGAGCUGCACGACGACCAGUCCAGUGAUGCGGAUUUACGCUCGGAGGAUGGGAAAAAAGAUGCCGGGGCUGGUGAAAACGACAGGGAUACCAACAGCGCUCCUAUGUUUGACUCAAUCGAUUGGAACCUUGGUAGCGUCAGUAUGGACUUGCGGUUGGAUCUCAAUUUCAAGAAUCCGAACGAUUUUCCAGACAUUUUAACGCAUCUCAGUACCAUUAACACGAGCAAGUAUCAGCUGAAGGACGUAAAACAACACAACGUCGGAAAGUGUGGCAAACAGAGCGCGCAAAAUGCAGACGUGCUGAAAAAAUCGUCCCAAAAAGGUAACGAGGAAGGUUCGUGCAAUACACCAUUUUCGGGGUAUUCUUGCGAUGUGCCUACUGCCACAAAGAGAUCAAAACUGAAUGAUGUAACGGAAAAAGUCGUCCAGCAAGUGGUUAGUAAUGAUGUUGAAAAGGCACCCGCUCACGAAAAUCGUGAAAAAUAUAAACAGCGCGUUAUUCUAGCAACGCCAAAACCGUUGCAGAAGCAAUCUAACGAAAAUGUGGCUAACCUGCAACAUAAAGCAUCGCGCAAAAAACCAUCCAUGACAGCCCAACACGAAACAGGUCGAAAAGAAUCUCCUACCUUAGAAAAGAAGGCCGCACCGACAACAGCAGUCGGUCAACAGGAUGGAAAAAAGGGACAAGAGAUGAACACCGGUUCAUCUCAGUCCCGUUUCCGCACACCGGCCAACAGAGCAAUUGGAAAUAUCGCCGGUAUUGUCAGCAAUCCGUUGAAAAAUAAGCGAGAGCCGCAAUCUGUUAUGCAACAGCAGUAUCAGCAACGUGGGCAGCUAGAGAAAAAGCAUGUCGAGCAGCAAAAGCAACCGGAACCGCCAAAAAGAACUCGUUCCAUGAAACUGCUUUCACCGGCAAGCACAAAUCAACCCAAGCCGGUCGGGCAUAAACCUCCGGCAGACAGCAAUGAACCAACGCCGAUGGAGGUGGAUUCGGAUGGGGACACCCAGGAUGAGGAAUCCUCCACGAGCAACAAUUCACUGGACUUUGGCAUGCAAAGUGGCAGCUGUGAAUUUGAUAUGAACUUUUCCGACGAUCUCCGGCCGGAACCGGAAGCGAUCGUGGACGACGCUCUGGACUUUCUCUCUAUGAAUCCAGGCCGGAUUACACGGAGCAAGGGACAGAAGAAGAAACCUAGCAGCGGUAAAAGCACCGGAAGUGGGGACGAUAUGGAUACGUUUGAUUUUACCUUCGGUAGGUCAAACUCUAGCGAGAGUUUGGAACAGCCGGAAGAUUUGUUUUAA